AUGUCCGUAGCAGAUACUUGCACACGUUUGAGUAAUUUAAGUGUUUGCUUAGAGUGUAUUGCACAUAUUAUUGAAUAUAUCAGUGGAAUUUGCAUCAUAUUUGACAUCUUGUUUGUGCAGAGUUUUCCUGAUGUUGAAGGCCCCCCAGUCUCCAUUUUUGUGAAGAUUGAUACAGCAUGUAAGCAUUUAGAAAUUACAGGGAGAGGUUCUCCCAGACAGGAAGGUUUUGAAUCUAAAAUUAAUGGCGAACCCAUCGGGAACCAUCAACAGGAAGCAAAUCACGCGUCAUCUUCUUUUCAUGGAGCUCACUUGAGCAACGGGAAUCCUAAACCUGAGACCUCGGGUUCGGGUUUGAAGCAUAAUCCUGUUAUUUCCUUAGAUUGGACCUUAGAGGAGCACGCUAUACUAGAAAACGGGUUAAAAAAAUAUGCAUCAGAGUCGAGCAUAAUUCGUUACGCAAAAAUAGCUUUGCAGUUACAAAAUAAGACUGUCCGGGAUGUCGCCUUGAGGUGCAGAUGGAUGACUGUAAGCUUUACUGUUCCCAAGGAAAUUAGCAAGAGAAGGAAGGAAGAACUUAAUAUAGCCAGGAAAAGUAAAGACAAAAAGGAAAGAGUUGCCGAUUCUCCGGGAAAGCGUACCCAUUUUGCAGCUCAACCUAAUCUUUCUCCAUAUGCACCUCCAAUGAUUCCUAGGGACUAUGAUGAUGGCAUUUCAUACCAAGCCAUCGGCGGGGUGACGGGCGAACUUCCGGAGCAGAAUGAUUAA